CCUCGCGCAAACCCGCUCCUGACGGCUGAGCGGGGCGGCGGCGGAGUUGCGUGAUGAUUCAUGUGAGGCAGAGAUCCGACCUGGACAGUUUCUCUUCUUCUGAAAUGAAAGCCGGACUCCACAGACACACCUGCAGCUCACCUGCGGAGCCUCCUGAUGAUGAGCUCAGACAGAGAAGAGCGUCCCAGCUGAUCCCACAUCUGUGACACCUGACUCCUGGAAGAUGGCUGCUGACAGCAUUAUUGUGUUCUUUGACCUGGAGACCACUGGAUUGGACACUACAGUGUGUGACAUCAUCCAGCUGGGGGCCGUCUGUGAGGGGCGGGUCUUUAACGUCUACACCCUUCCGCGACGCGCCCUCACACAGAGCGCCACACAAGUCACCGGCUUCACCGUCACUCCUGACGGGCUUUUUCUCCGGGGGAGCCGUAAACAAACCACUCCCCUUCGUGAUGCGCUCAACGAUUUCCUCAACUUCCUGCGCUCCUUUGGUCGGCCUGUGCUCCUGGCCGCCCACAACGCCAGACGCUUUGACGCCCCUGUGUUCACCAGAGUGCUGGCGCAGAACUCCCUCCUGCUGGAGUUCCAGCAGGUGGUGUGUGGCUUUCUGGAUACUUUUUUGCUUAGCAAGAGCCUGUACCCACGUCUGGCCAGUUACUCUCAGGAGUAUCUGGUCCAGACUUUUUUAGGGGAAUCGUACAACGCUCACGAUGCUGUGGAGGACGCCAAAAUGUUGCAGGAGCUGUACAGAGCAUGGAAACCUCACCCGUCGAAUGUUUUGAGAAGCACUUUCAAGGCAGCCAGAGUCUAUUGAAUUAAAAUACAUUUCUAUAAAAACCCCAAAAAGGGGGAGAAAAAGCUACACUGCUUACUUUUACUAAACUAUUUGAAAAUGAAACCCUAUUUUACAGUUGUGUUGUAUACAUAAAUAUGUAAUUCAUUGUUGAAAUGAAUGCAAUUCAGUAUUAAUUUAGUGCAGAAUUUCUUCCAUUGUUCUAUAAUCACUUUACUGUGCACUUUGAAGCUUAUGCUUACCAAUAAAGUUCAAAUUAUUUUAUAGCCUGUUUGCCUUCUUAGUUGGGAAAAUAUAACUUCAAUAAUAAAGCAUGUUGACAGUCA